ACACAGCAGCAGUUGAAGGCUUGCAAAAUCACAAGUACCAUGCCGCCCACACGUGUGUGGGUGAAGCAGGGCCUAGAUUCCCACCGAUCCGUUCAGGUGCUGCUGGUCCCUUUGGGGAACAUCCCUCCCGAUGUUUACGCCAAGUACUGCGAGAUCUUGCGGCGAUUCAGCACGAUCCCGAUGCAGAACCUGACGGCACCGGGGGACUGGAACCGUCAGAACGGCGCCCUGAAGCACUUCAACUGGUCAGAGGGCUGCUUCAACUUCCACUUCAUCGACCAAGACACCACAGAUGGGGGUCUCAGCGACUGGGAAGACUAUCAGGCCUACCGACGAGUGCUUGGAGCGAUCGGGGUGGUGCACUUCCCUUCGUGCGAGGGGGGCCACGCGGACUUCAAGGAGCUCGAGAAGCAGUUCAACCAGGUGGUGGCCGGCUACAAGCACGUGCACGCGACGCGGAUGUUCGCGUUUGGGCACUCUUUCGAGCAGGGCGACUAUCCCGACAUCCUCGACCCUCAGCGGGACAUCGUUUUCCCUCCGGAGCAGGAGUUCGAGGGUGGAGGGAGCACGACGGAGCUGCACAUGGCCGUUAGCCUGUACGACGUGGCCGUCUCCAUCAUCAAGAACCUCGCCGCCGACAUCAAGACGUGGAGGUCCUCGGCCUCCCCCCCCUCCGCCGCGGGCAGAGCCGUGGCCGUGCUCCGUGGAAACAACGACGCGGCGCCGCCCCUGACGUCGUGGUACGAGCGGGAGGAGGUGCUGAGCGACAGCAAGAACGCCAAGCGGAGAGUAGGGCGCCUGCACAAGUGGAUCGGGGACACCUGUCUCCUUCUCGGCUCGCCCAAGUGUCUUUCUGUGUGUGUACUUUCUCUGCUCCUCCGCCCCAAGGACGCCCUGGAGCACUACAGUCAGUCCAUGUCCGAGACCAAGGCGUCCACGGACCCCCUCUGGCACGCCGGCUGCCUGGAGGGCUACGCCGCCUGCCUGUCGGCCAUGAGCGACGCCGACCACCCCACGGUGCACGGGGACCAGGCGCUGGCCCUGCUGAGGGACAUGGCCAAGGACAAGGAGCUGGAACGGGCGGGUCAGGAGGGCUCCUCGACCUGGACCGUGCUCGCGGAAGCUGUGGUGUCAGAAAAAUGCGAGGAGGCGCUGGCCGUGUUUAGCCGCCACCCUCCCCUAGGCUCGCUGGAGGUGGAACUGUGCUUCAAGACGGCGAGGUUCCAUGCCUGCGCGCAACCGACCCCGAGGUGGGAGGAAGCGCUGGCGGCACUGCUGCGGGCGUUGUCGGUGCCGGACAUGCCCAUGCACGUGCAGCUGGAGCGGAGCAUCGAGGCCGCGGUGAUCUGCGAAGGCAUGGGGCUCAAGCGCAAGGCGGCGCUGUUCGCGCAUCUGUCGGCGAUGCUCUGCUCGGACUCCGAGACGUGGAACACGGCGCACCUGCUCGCCCGCAUGGCCGGGGAGGGCUACGGGGCCCUCCUCCCGCCCCACCCGCCGCCACCGCCCGGGGGGGAUCCCUCCUCAUCUCCGCCAUCCUCCUCGUCGGCUGUCGCGCCUCUGGCGGGCGGGGGGGCUGGGGAGGGCGGCUGGCUGGUGCUGCGGAAGUACUUGCUGCAGUGGCUGCUGGCGGUGAGCGCCCGGUGCGGAGACGUGCAGGCUUCGAGCGAGUACUUCGCCGGGCUUGCGGAGCUGACUGCGGCCCUCGAGGACGAGCGGGGCAAGGCCGACCGGUAUCUCGUGACGCUGCCUCUUCCGCCCUCCGAAGGCGUGUCUCCCGGGGGGCGCAUGCUCCCCCCCGUCCCGUUGGUGAUGGAAGCACUGGGGAACGUUGCGACCGCCUCCUCGACGGCAGGAGCGGCUCCGUCGAUAGCGUCGGCCCGGGAAAGCAGAGUCUCGUGGAGCGACCGCAUGAUGCGAAGAGCCACCGCUGAGCACGGCCCGCCGCCACCGUCGAUGCAGGCGCAGCAGACCUUUCUCCCCCCGACCCCUUCGACAACCAGCGCCUCGUUCACGAGCACUAGCGGCCCCGCCACGGGGAACUCCAGCCGGGAUGCGUUCUUGGGAUCGGGCCACGUUCGGAGUCCGACGAUGCCGGCGUCGCCGAUCCAGCAUCGCUUCGAGACCCUCGCUUCCGACUUCCUGCACCCCGCCUCCUCCUCCUCGUCGGCAACAGCGGUGGCGGCGACGGCGACAGCAGCGGGGGCCAAGAAGAGCCGCAAGAUUUCGCUUCCGAAGUCCAUCGGCCGCAAGAUCCAAGCCUCCCGAAGCAGCGGCGUAGUCGGCCGCAGAGAAGCCUCCUUCUCAGCUAUGGCGCCCCCGCUUCUGCCGGUAGAGGCCGCCGGAGGCGGGGGGGGGGGCUCCGGGGGGGGGGGCUCCGUGUGUGCGGUGGCUCACCGGGCGGCGUUGACGCUCGAGGAGCAGUGGGAGACCUUGUCGGACAUGGCUCUGUGCACGUCGAGGCUGUCUCCUGAGGAUGUGGCGAGGGUGCAGGGGGGAGGAGGCGACAACGGAGGGAAACCGGGGGCGGAGCUCCCAGCUCGCUGGGCGGCAGGCGAGACGGGUCGCGUGGUUACGAGGUUCUCCAACCCUUUGCAGGUGCCUCUGGAGGUGGAGUCGAUCACGGCGGUCGUGGACGGGGCUAGGGUGCAGGCGUUCCCCACGAGCGUGCUUCUUCCUCCGCGGGCGGAGUUCCAUGAGGUCGUUCUCUUCAUCAAACCUCUGGAGGACGGGCAGGUGGUCUUGAGGGGCGUGUCUGUGGAGGUGCUGUCCCUGGUGACCAUGUGCAGGGUAGACAAGUUUGGAAGAGGCGUGUCUCCCGGACCGAGGGCGCCCCCGCCGCGGACGUACAAGAGCCUCCGAGCCACCUUCCGCCAGCCCAAGCAGGCCUUGACGACGGAUACCGUGGACAUCGCCGCCGCUGCAGCGGCGGCGGCGGCGCAGGCGGAGGCGGCGGCUGCCGCCGUGCAGGCCGAAGAGGAAGGAGGAUCUCCGGUCGACUCAGAAGGAAACCCGGCCGAAGGGACGGGGGUUGGGUUUGGCGGGGGCGACGUGGAGGUGAUCGGGGGGGGUACCGGGGUGUCUUCAAGCGUCGCCGCCGCCGCCGCCGCCGCCGCAGCAGCAGCAGCAGCAGGCGGGGUUCUUCCCCCGGACAGGGGCAGCAGCGGCAGCGCUAGCCCUCACGGCCGCGAGGGUGCCGACGGCGGCGGUGGCUUGGCGGCGGAAGAGGGCGAGGGAGCGGUGGCGGGGGCAAAGGGAGGCAGCCCCGACCGUGAAGAUAAGCAGGAGGAGGAGGAGGAUGUGGCGGGGCGGCAACAGGACAGCAACGACGAGGACGAAGAGGAAGAGGAGUUUGUCCCAGACCCGCGCAUGUGGAAAGGGGAGACCGCCUGCCGGAAGCUGAGGGUGGAGAGCGCCGCCCCCGUCGUCCGGUUGUCUCGGGCGUCCCCGCCGACCUCGGAGGUUCUCGCGGGGGAGGAGAUAGAGGAGGUCCUGGAGUUGGUGAAUCAGGGCGGUCCAUCGGUAGGCGUCAUGGAGGUCUGGACUAGGCCAUGUCGCUCGACCAAGAAGCCGCUCGCCUCGGCCAUGUCUCUCCUCUUCUCCCUAGCGGACUCCGCCGCCGCCGCCGCCGCCGCCGCCGCCCCGCAAGCAGUGGCAUCGGGCGAAUUUGGUGGCGAGGGAGGCAGUGGGAGCGCAAUGUCGUCUCUCGGGCUCGAUGUCGGACUCGCCGCCCCGGUGGGGGUGUCCGGUGGGGCGGCGGAGGGGGAGGGAGGAAGAGGCGUUGUGGUUCCUGGGGGGGCGGUUAGGCUGGCGCUGAAGCUGCGCGCCGGGCAAGCGGCGAACCGGGACGUGGUGACCGAGGUGCUGGUGAAGUACUCUGAGAAGGAAGGGGCGCCGUUCCACCGUCAGCUGAGACUUCCGCUGCGCCUCACGAUACGAGGGGGGCUCCGCGUCUGCAGUCUUAGGGUAGCACAAUUCCUCGGCGGCGGCCUGAGAUUCGACGUCGACGCGGACUCCACCGAGUGCCUGCUGGUCCUCGAGCUCGCCAACGACAGCGCCUUCCCGGUCUUCCCGUGGCGCUCCCACCGCGCCAAACAAAAACAACAAGGACGUCAUCGGCGGCAGCUCACGGCCGGGACAAUUGGGGGCCCGGAGGAUGGGGGGGGGCUAGGGAGGGGGCAGGUGGUGGAGAUACCGGGGGGGUCGCGGAGGUGCUUGUCUCUGAGGGUUCCCCGGCUGAGAGUGAGGCCGGAGGGAAGGAGCUUGGGACGGGACGAGGACGAGCCCCGUUCCCCGCUGUCGCUCCGGCCGCUGUUCGACUGGGAGAAGUCCCUCGCCAGUCACAUCCUCGAGGAGCUGUCGCUGCGGUGGUCCACGGCCCGAGAGGAGGCCCUCGCGGCCGCCUCGUUAGGGACCGCCGCUGGAGGCGGCGUUGUCCCUAACCCGUUGACAGGAGAAUGGACGGCGGCGGCGGGGGGGGGGGGGGAAGGGGCGAGGGUAUCGAGGCCGUCGCAGCCACGGCACCCCGAGGCGGUGCCCGAGUGCCUUGUCGGAGUCUUGCUGCCGCCGGUCAGGCUGAGCUGUCUGCCGUGCGCCUUCGUCCCUGGUGUCGCCGGUGUCGCCGCUGUUGGUGGUGUUGGGUGCUCGGCGGUGGGUGCGAACGGGCUCUUCGGCGCGGGAGAGGGGGUUCCCAGGGUCGGGAUCGACGAGGCCGGGCGCGUUCAGGUGGAGGGGGGGGGGCUCCGUGAGGUGGAGGGAGCGUGGGCGGCGCAGACGACGGUGGACUCGUUCCUGCCGGUGUCCCUGGUGGUACACAACUCGUCCCGCUGGCCCAUUGACGUCAUCGUCGAGGUUACCUCCACCUCCGAGGGCAGGGAGGAAGAGGGCUCCGUGUACUGGGGCAACGCAGACGAGGACGACUCCGGACACGUCAUGUGGUCGGGGAUGCCGAGGAGGCGCCUGGGCAAGCUCGCCCCUGGGCGUUCCGCUUGCCACGGUCUGCUGGCGUGUUUCUUGACCCCGGGGGACGUCUCAAUCGGCUUCACGUGCCGCGUCAAGGUGGAAAGCGCCUCGGCUCCUUACGGGUCUGCAACGUCUACUGCUGCCGCUGCCGCUGCUACUGCUGCUGCUGCUGCAGCGGCUGGUUCUUCGGAGACCUUCGAUCCGGAACUCGGGGAAUGUGGCGACGGUUGGCAUCCCGUCAUGUGCCACCUCCCGCUGAGCGUGUCGGUGCUGCCCAAGACCGCCGAGGGGCGGGAAGAGAAGGCGAACAAAGCCCAGGUGCGUCAUGUGGGUCCGAGAGUCGGCGGUGCCCCGGCGGGGGACGGUGAGGGGGACGGUGAUGAAACACCCCCUACCUCUUCCUCGGCCUCCGUGGGGGGAAAGGGAAGGCACUUGCAAUCACCCCCCGCCGGGCUUGAGCGGCUCGUGGGCGAGGGUAGCACGCCCGCGUCGUAGUCUUUGCGGCAAGGCUAUCGGCGCUUGGAAACACACUUUGUGGUAAAAAAACUGACUUUGGUUGGUUGUACAUGGAGCUGCACUUUUUGAUGCGAUCUGUUGGCGCUUGGAACCGUUCUUGUCAGAAAAAAAAAACUUUGGUUGGUUCUAGAGCUGCUAGUCUUGACGCGGUCUGUUGGCGCUUGUAGCCAUUAUUUUUUGUCGACUUUUGGUUCUAGAGCUGCUAUCAUAGUCUUGAGUCGGUAAAAGUGCGAACGCGUGCAAAAAGUUCUACGGUUGUGUGGGGCGAUUGUUGAGGAUCGGAAAGUAUAAGACGUAUUGUACUUCUAGAUGGAAAGAAUGGUCACGCGGGAAGAAAUGUUGGUUCUCUGACAAUCGUGGGGGGAGGCACAAACCCAUCCCAAAACGAUCCAUGGCCUGCCGUACGUCCGUGUGCGAGCGUCCGAGACUUCGGGUGUGGCGCCUCGCCAUCUCCAGCACGUGUUUUUUGUGGGCCGAAGAAUUACUUUUAAGGCAUGCAUGCUUGAAGAUAUCGGGAGGGGAACCUUGGCCACGGGUUGCGGAGCUCUAGCUCUCCUUGUGUUGUUGUCGUUGUUUGCUUCUCCACAUGAACAACCCCUCCAACCUCCGCCCAGUACUACCUUACGACCUUAAUUAUCGCGGUUGUGGCCUGGGACUUUUAGGACAAUUUGUCGCUCUAGGUGCGGUCACGGUGGGUCGUGGUCCCGGGGGGGGAGUGGUUGUUAUACUCCGGAGUUUUUGUCGAUGCGGGCUUCGUCCCGGGGUAUUUAUACUAGCAAAAGGUNCUCACCGGACCAGGCUCUCACAUCACCAAGCGCGAAGCGCCGUGAGAUAUUCGGCGAGUCGCAUGAAGGGUGCGCUGCAUCCUGCUAAGGGUGUUCAAAAGGUGGGAUAUUAUUUUUGUCGACGAGCGCGGGUGUCGUUUGGUUCUUUCUCCUGGUUGCUUGUUGUCGCGGUAGCGACGGAGAGUGUGGAGACGGGGUGCAAGGAACGAGAGAGCGUAUGGCGCGCGUGGUUAGUUGGUUUUAUCUAGGGCGCCCGGUUCUCCUCGUGCUGGUAGAGAGGGGGUAUUUUGACAGAGAGUAUAUGGUGGUCUGUUUAGCAUAACCCGUGGUGUAUUUUUUGUUGGAGUUUUGUGUGACAGGUGGUGUCGACGAGGGACCGCGCGUAGGUUGUGUGUGUGGCUGAAUAGCAUAAGCCGUGGUGUGUUUUUUGUCGAAGUUAAAAAGUUUUGUGUCACAGGUGGUGUCGACGAGGUACCGCGCGUAGGUGGUGUGUGUGGUUGAAUACUUUGAGGCGUGUGCUUGCUUUCUUGUCGACAUAUAAAACAGCUU